AGGUUGUAAACAUAUGCAGGUAAAUGCUUUGUUAGAUGAUGGUAGUACGCAAACGUACAUAAAUACAGACCUGUGUCGGGAGUUGGGGCUCCAUGGGGAAAGUGAAGAAAUAGUUGUUAGUUUGUUGAAUGGUAAAGAAGAAAGGUUUAUUACAAGGCCAGUUACAUUUAGUGUAUCAUCAGUAAUGUGUGCGUUCCUUCUUAAACCAAGUUUGGCAAUUAAACAUAGAGGAUGAUUGGAGACUGGAUCCAAAAUGGUAUUCAAGUUGGUCCAGACUGAUUAGAAUAGCAGCUUAUAUUCAUAAGCUCAUAACAAAUUGUCGAUCCAACAAAAAUGACAGGGUCUAUGGGCGGUUGGAGCAUAAAGAGAUCCAGUAUGCGCAACUGAGCAUAAUACGAAAGGCGCAACAAGAAUCAUUCCCAAAUGACAUAAGGAACUUAAAGGAAAAUGGUGUUGUUGGAUCUAACAGUGUAUUGGGUACAUUAACACCUACAGUAGACGAAGACGGAGUAUUGCGCAUGACAUGACGUUUAAGUUUGGUUGAAGCCUUGCCACAUGACGUCAGAUACCCAAUCAUAUUGCCUAGAAAGUAUCCAGUCACUAAACUUAUUGUAAAGAAGUAUCAUGACUUGGGUAAACAUGUAGCUGGAACAAAUCAUAUAAUAAAUUGGGAUAAUAUUAUUAUCACUGUUAUCGGAAAGAUAUUGGAUAAUUCAUCAGAGAAGAAGUCCGAGAUUGUGAGAGGAACUGCGUGGGAUGUAAGCGACGAACGGCAAAAAUAGGCGAACAAAUCAUGUCUCCACUUCCUGAAAUUAAGAAUAAGAUGGAUAGUUUAAAGGCGUUUACCCGAGUGGCAGUGGAUUAUGCAGGACCAUUUCUGACAAUUCAAGGCAGAGGUAAGGUCAGAACAAAGAGAUAUUUGUGUCUAUUCACUUGUUUGGCAACUAGAGCUGUCCAUUUGGAGAUAGCUUACGGAUUGGACACUGAUACAUUCCUAAACGCAUUUUAUCGUUUUGUGAGUCGGAGUGGCCAGCCAAAAAAGAUUUUAUCUGACAAUGGGACAAAUUUCGUAGGAGCGAAUAGGGAGUUAAAAGAAUUAAUUAAGUUGUUAGACCACAAGAAAAUACAAACAGCAACAGUGGAAAAAGGUAUUAAGUGGAGGUUUAUACCACCGUUGACUCCUCAUUUUGGCGGCGCUCAUGAGAGCUUAAUAAAGUCUGCGAAGAAAGCAAUUUAUGCAAUACUUAAAAAUGCAGACAUCACUGAUGAAGAAUUGCACUCGGCAUUUGUAGGCGCAGAAGGAAUUAUGAAUUCGCGACCAUUGACAUACCAAACUGCUUCAGGGAAAGAUGCUUUACUAUUAACUCCUAAUCACUUCCUGCAUGGGCAGAUGGGUGGAAUGUUUGCCUCGGAGGAGAUCUUGGAUACAACUAAAUUUAGCCCACAGAAAAGGUGGCGUCGUGUUCAAGAGCUGAUGAGGCAUUUCUGGAACAGGUGGUUGGCUACCUGCAUUGAAUAAGAGAAAUAAGUGGAAGGAGAUGAAACGAGACAUAGACGUAAAUGAUGUUGUUUUGGUAGUCGAGAAGGAAACUACGCGCGGCCGGCGGCCAUUAGGUAGAGUAGUAGAAGUUUUCCCAAGACCAGACGGUCAUGUUAGGGUAGUUAAGGUUAAAACUGCUAAUGGAGAAAUAGUAAGAGGGAUUAACAAGGUAUGUCCUUUAGAGAUCAUGGAAUGAACAAGUGUAGGAAGAU